AUGGAUUCCGAUGAGCUCUCUAAACCAAUAAACAUCAAAGAUACGAUCAAUUUCGCAGAAAUUCAAGAUCUUAUUGGACGAUUGCCUCUUGACCAACCAGACGAAGAAAUCGUUUCAAUCGUAAAGAAUUGCGAGUCAAAUGAAUCGGAGGAUGGCGAUUUGGAGACAGAACCGGUAUCCUAUGCACAAGCCAUUACGUUUGUUGAUGGCAUCGUAUCUUUUCUUCAACAACAACCAGAUGGCGAUUUUACUAUUGAUAAUUCUUUCGUCCAAGGUUUGAGCAAAUUGAAAAAGAAAUUAAUUUCAAGAGAAUUGCUUUUCGAGAAAACAGAGCGAUUUGGAUAUGUUUGUUCACAAACAUCAAGUAUCGCAAUAUGA